AACGCGUCGCGUCGCGAAACGCGUGCCGCCGCCAAUUGCAUCUGUUGUUUGUUGUUUUUUCGGUUGAGUGUGUGUGAGUGGCCUGCUUUAUAUUUUUUUCGGUUUUUCAAUUGACAACAAAAACAAGAAGAAAAACAAAGAGGUGCAGCGGGAAAUCACAAGUGAAACGUAAACAAUGAAAAGUGAGACGCCAACAGCCAGCUGCCAGGCGGAAAAGUGAUUUCCAGUUGAUUGCAGUUGCAAUACCUUAGCAUACCUAUUUGGGCCUGCCCCAAUAACUCAAAACGCCGCACAAGGACGAAGGACCGAACCCAAAACCGAGCAGCGGAAAAAGUAAAACCACAAGAGCUCUGCAGACGGGCGGAGGAGCGAGGAAGACGCCAAAGUCAAAGUCAGCCAACCCGAAGGCAACUGCAGCCGGAAUUAACACAAAAGCUAGCAUAAACUACAUCUAGUUCCUGACAAACAGACUUGGCAGUGCGAAUUCCCCAAAUAUAGGUACUCCAGCCAAGAUGUCGACACACUGGCUAAUUCUCCUGGGAACGUUGUGUCUGCUGGCAGGCUGCACGGACUGCGCCUCCAAGCGCUUCUUCACCGACUUCCUGCAGGACCUGCCGACGCCCGGAACCGGAGGACCGACCUUCGACACGACCAUAGGCACCAACAUCACAGGACUCGUCGGCAAGACGGUGAAGCUGACCUGCCGCGUCAAGAAUUUGGGCAAUCGCACGGUAUCCUGGGUGCGACACAGGGACAUACACCUGCUGACUGUGGGCCGCUACACGUACACCUCCGACCAGCGAUUCGAGGCCAUGCACUCGCCACACGCCGAGGACUGGACAUUGCGCAUCCGCUACGCCCAGCGCAAGGACUCGGGGAUCUACGAGUGCCAGAUAUCGACCACGCCCCCGAUCGGACACUCCGUCUACCUCAACAUUGUUGAGCCCGUCACCGACAUCAUCGGCGGCCCCGAGCUGCACAUCAACCGUGGAUCCACCAUCAAUUUGACUUGCAUUGUGAAGUUCGCACCGGAGCCCCCGCCAACAGUCACUUGGUCCCACAACCGCGAGAUCAUAAAUUUCGAUUCACCUCGCGGCGGCAUAUCAUUAGUCACCGAGAAAGGUGUGCUGACCACCAGCCGACUCCUGGUGCAGAAGGCCAUCACGCAGGACUCGGGACUCUACACAUGCACCCCCUCCAAUGCCAAUCCCUCGUCGGUGCGCGUGCAUAUCGUCGAUGGCGAGCAUCCGGCGGCCAUGCACACCGGGAACAACGGCAACUCCACGGCGUCCCAGCCGCCGGUCCUGCUGCCGCUGGUCCUCCUCACCUGCGGCACCCUGAUGCUCCUCCAGCUGGUGGCCUGCUGCUGCUCCGCCGCCGCCCUCGUCCCGGCCACGCCCCCCGGCCGCUGCACCGCCCACCGACCAGGCACCUUCACCCAGGACACGGCCAGAGGACAACGAAGCACCAGGAACAGCCAGGACCUCGAGGAUGGGAUGGGGAAGGGGAUGGGGAGGGGCCAGGUGGGGGAUCUCUGCCGCAGAGGAUUCGAGAGGCGCCCGGUGCCCGGAACAUAGCUCUUCGGCGGAUUGGGAACCGGAAUCGCUGCCGAAUUGCCAACAGGAAUCGCAUUUUAGGUUCGGAGCUCGGGGAAAUCGUCCUCCUCCUACUCCGACCCCCCGCCCCCCAUCCUCCCCCCCUUUCCCCUUCUGUUCCUUGGUUUCCUGGUUUUUGGCCUUCGGCUUUCGGUUUGGUCCUGCUCUCGUCCCACCUGUGGGCCUUUCCUCCGCUGGAGCUUAUCCUGUUAUCACUAAAUUAAGUAGCCAGAGUUGGUCCAAAAAACCUAUGUAUUGUGUUUUGUAUUUAUCAGAUUUUUCUACAGAUAAUGCAGUAGGGGAAAAGUGGAACAAAAAUGGAUUCCAAAAGAAAAUUCAGAUAAGGGAAAAAUUAGAAACAAUAUUUGAGAGGUAAGCAGAUGAUUUUCGUAACGCUUGGGUCGAGUUUUGAGGGCAGGUAAAAAUAACUAAGCAAACAGAAACCCACACGCAGACACACCUUGUAAAUACAGCAACUUACAUGAGAUUUCUCUUCCAACGAUAGCUGGUAAAGGAAAUUGACGAGUGUAAUGGAUCCAUCUACUUAACUUUUUUUCCGGCUGGUUCCAACUUACACACACUCACAGACACAACAACACAUUGAAACAUUCUCUAGUACAAGGAUAAGCUAUAGGUGUCUAAACAUAUUAUAAAUAAAUAGCUGAGAAAAGUUUUGAUGGGAGGCCCCUUGCGAUUUGAGGCAAGACAAAGUACGAUAAUGAAUUUUUUUUUUGAUAACUAGCAUAAGUUCAAGACUAUAGUAAAAUGUAAGCGAAGGAAAACGGGAGAAAGAAAAGCGGAGAAGUAGCUAAAAACGAAUGGAGAGGGCUAAGAUUAGCGAUUGAUUGUUGGAUUUAAUGUGUACAUAUAAGCAAAUCAGCAUAAUUAGUCUAUGAAUUUUUUUUUUUUUUUUUGGCUACUCCCAUAUAUCAGAUCAGAAUAAUCUCUACCUAUAUAUAGGGCAUUUUGAUGUGUUUAGAGCCUAAGCGAUAUUAAUUAUUGUUGUAUGUUUGACGAAACGAAAUGAAAACCCAAAACGCAAAUGCCAUUGAGAGCAGAUAUUGACAUAGAGAACUAACCAACUAUCCAAUAAAGCGUAUUGCUAAUUCAACUCGAGUAUUUAAGUGUCUCUCUCUAUCUAUCUCUAUCUCUCUCUAUUUCUCUACAACUCUCUAACUGACUUUCUCAAAAGAAAAACCAAAAAAAAAAAAAGAAA